CCGCCCCCCUGGCUCCCCGCUCUGAAGCGAGCAGACGCCGCCGCUCUCGCCAACUGUCCUCGCCUUUUUAUUUUUAAAUACACAUUUAAGUGAACAAGACACGAGUCUCUGCCGUAAACCUGGAACUCCGCGUAACCGGGAUCGCGAAACUUAAGUUUUAAUCUAAUCGCGCUUGGGGGGGCAGUUUGAGCGGUGACUAGAUCUGAAAGAGCAGCGUUUUUAAUCCCCUUUUUUAACUUUGCGAAGCGGCGUUUUUUUUUUUUUCCGCCGGUUUUUGUUUUUUUCUCCCCCACCGCGGCCUUGCAGCGCUGCCCCGGCCACGAGGCUCGCCUCGCCGACACCAGGACCAGCGCCAUGGCGGAGUUCGGCAACGGGCUGGCGGACGAGUCCCUGCUCGACUCGGACCCGGGACACCCCGAGCUGGAGGACCCGGGGGUCGGGGACGAAGACCCGGGGCUGGGGGACGGGGAGGCCGCCAUCGAGGACCCGGAGCUGGAGGCUAUUAAAGCCCGGGUAAGAGAGAUGGAGGAAGAAGCAGAAAAGCUGAAGGAACUACAGAACGAGGUGGAGAAACAGAUGAAUCUCAGCCCUCCACCAGUUGGCCCCGUCAUCAUGUCCAUCGAGGAAAAGAUGGAAGCAGAUGGCAGAUCUAUUUAUGUGGGCAAUGUGGAUUAUGGUGCCACGGCAGAAGAGCUUGAAGCUCAUUUUCAUGGCUGCGGUUCAGUAAACAGAGUCACCAUCCUUUGUGACAAAUACACGGGGCAUCCCAAGGGGUUUGCUUAUAUUGAGUUUGCAGACAAAGAGUCUGUUAGGACAGCCAUGGCUUUGGAUGAGUCCCUUUUCAGAGGAAGACAGAUAAAGGUGGGAGCCAAGAGAACAAACAGACCUGGCAUCAGCACCACAGACCGCGGUUUUCCACGGGCUCGGUUCCGAUCACGAGGAAGCUUCUCUUCGCGUGCACGCUACUACAGUGGCUACACACCACCUAGAGGCAGAGGACGGGCCUUCAGGUUUCAGGACCAGUGGAGGCUGACAACCCCUCCCCAGGUGGGACCGGCCCCCCCCACUGUCUCCGCAGCGUCUCUCUCUCUUUCCGCUCCUGCUAUGCACACUCACCCCAUCCUGUCGGUGUGGGGGGGCGGGGGAGGGGGGCAGGGCGACCACCGGCCCACCACGGGGGGCAUUUACUACAACAGCAAACGCUGACGAUGCUUUUAGACCUUUUCACUUUAAAUAUUAAACACACACAUUGUCAAAACAAACAUACAACACCGUUCCAACACACCGCAGUACAGAUGGCACUUAACAGGCAGCCAAAACAUGAUUUAUAUACGACGAGACGAAGCCAACACAGCCGAGCGGCAGAGAAGCGAGUUAACACGAGCGAGGGAAGGCCAGAGCAGAGACGAGGGCGAUCUUUGGGGCGUAACAGAGCUGACCUUAAGGUGCCCCCUUUCUCUGACGACGCGCAGUGCAGUCACGGCCUGUCCGAGGAGGGCUGAUCAACUAACAGCAUUGAUUAAUAAUCAAACGGAGUGGGCUGGAGCUGUUUUAGGGUGGGGAAAGUCAGGGGGUGGGGUUUGUGAGGAGACUUUUUGUUCUGUUUUUGCUUUUUGAGAAAAAAAAAAAAAACAAAAGAGUGGGUUUGAAGAAAUGUUUUGCUUUUAUUUUUAUUUUUAAUCCAUAAGUCUGUAAUUAGGAGGAAAAAAAAUAAAGACAUUGUGUAAAAA